AUGAUCCGGUGGAGGCUUUUUAUGGUGUUUUUGGUACUUUUGUUUCUGAUUCCAAUAUCAGAUAGUCAAGACGAUGAGGAAGAUGAGAAAGAUGAUCAAGUCGAUGGUGAUGAAAACGAUGACGAUGAUGAUGAAGAUGACACGAGGACGGACAAGAAUGAUGAAGGCGUAGGAAGACGGGCACCGAGUUUAAUGAGGCAGACCUCGCGCACUGUUCCAGUGACGAGGACGACUAAGAUGCGCCCUUUAGAAUGCUACGUAUGCGCCUAUAAGUCUGAUACGCCAUUGAAAGCGUGUUUGGAUCCUACCAAAUUUAGAGUUCAAACAAUCACGUGUCACAGCGUUGACGACAAGUGUUCAACGUCUGUCAUCUCAAAGGGCAGUUCCUACGAGGCGGUGGUUCGAGGUUGCAAGUCUGCGUGUAUCGGAACUCCUGAAACAACUUGCUGUGACUUAAAUCGCUGCAACAAUCAAGCGUUCGCGUUACCGACCGUAGUGUCUCCCAAGGCACUCGUGCAAGAAAACAAAUCUCCAAAGACUAUCCCACAUUCUGUAUUUUUCUUUGUUACCAUUUUGCUAGUCUUACAGACGGUGGUCAAAGUGACCUUUGUUUAAAAUGCCUUUUAUUGCCAACCUUCGCACGUGAA